AUGAUGUACCGGUGGAGCCCCCCGUCACUCUCCAAAAAGGUGAAGGGAGAUACAUUUCUCUCUUCGCUGGCACAAAGGGUCGACAGUGUUGCUGCUACAUCAUCUUCUCGGCAGGAACCGGGAGGGACGCUGAGUAACUUGCGUUUGGGGUUGCGCGGAAGCAGUACGAUGUGCCGGAGCGCCUUUUCACUUCACUCCAACCAGAGUUUGGUGGGAAAUCGUAUAUUUGAAUGUCCAAACAAACAUAUUUUCUUGGAUACUAAUGCUUCCUAUUGCCAUUUGUGCCGCGAGCCGCUCGGAGUUUCUUCAUUCACACAUCUCUCUGACCGGGAGCAUCACAAUGUCCAGUUAUUUCUCUUUCUAUCCGCAGCAUUCCCCCGCGGUACACUUCGUGACGCAACCGAUCUAUCAACGACUUUUGCAAAAACCACCUGGAGGGCGAUUGGCAGAGGCGACAACACGGCAGGGGAAUCAAUCCUGUAUCAUCCGGAUGAGGUGAUGGAUGACGCUGCCCGGUUCUGUCCUCGUCUUUUGGCCGCCGUGAAGGGUGGUUAUGCACAUACAGAACAGGAGGCCCUACGCCGCGCCAGUCUGCAAUCCAUGCUUAUUCUACUCAGUAGCGGGUCGAUCACCUCGGACGGUGCCACUCGACGGGAACCGGCGGUACUAGGAGUAUUUCAUGGUGAUGUUUUACCUGAGUUGGCGCACAGCGGUGAACGACUUUUCAAGGGGGAGGUGUCACGUCUCAUUGUGGAAUGGUUCCCCGCGUUAAGUGCAGGAGUGGGCACACAGAUAGCACACAAGUGCUGGGGCCGCUCUAAUCUGGAGAGUGUUUUUGAUGCCCUUCAGUUACAAACCCUAAUAAAUCAGCGGUGCAACAGGGCAGCGGUGCGGGGGUCGGGGUCGGGGUGGAAAAGCACCUUGAUGAAGGGACUUACAACUAAAACGGAGAAGGCAACAUUUAUGCGACUUCUGAUGUGGGAGCUAACCACACGAAAUGAAGAUGUAGGUGGAGAUACCAACGAUGGCGUGUCUUUAAAUAAAGUGGACCGCUUGCUUCUGGAGCUGACGAGGAAGCGACUUGCAUUCGAGAUGGUUUAUCUCCAAUCACUGAAGUACAUGCAUUUGGCGGAUGCCCUUCUACAGGAGAUGUCUUACCCAUCCUUGGAAGAUUUGGUAUUAAUAGGCGCAGCGUGA